AUCUGAUCAAGCGAUGGGUCUCCCACCAAAUAUAAUGACACACAUAAGAGUCAACCACCCACUCACCCACUCACAAAACUCCCCUACUCAUGCUCCAUGGCUCGCUUCAUCUCACAGACACCCACCACUCAUCCAUUCAUCCAUCUGUUUGGGUCGAUCCAUCACUGUCAUGACGAGAGUAUGGCGUUGAGUUUGAUCUCCGAGUACUUGGGGCCCUUGAAGCCCGUCAUCUCGGUCGGCACCACUAUAAGACGCACCUCACCCACACUGACACGCACACAAGAGGCAGACAUCGAUGUGUGUGUGGAUGGGUGGCUGCAGGCCGACUCACCGCAUAGCUGUGAGUGCCUCUCUCUUCCAGUCGUAGGGCACGUCAGACACACGCCACUGACGACGGGACUCCUCCAACCACCUGCACGCAACACACACAUCCAGCCAUCCAUCCGUCGAUAUAGUGAGUGCACCUCUGUGUGAAUGCAUGUGUGUGUACCUCUUCUGGCCAUUGAAUGUGUCACGCCAAGCCUUGUCAUCGAACCUCACUGCACACCCACGCACAUACGCAUGGCGUCCGAAUGCAUCAACGGGCGGUUCACGGACUCACUCACCCACUCACCCAUGUCGUCGAUUGUGGGCGAUGGUCCCUCUCCGGGGGUCACGAUCUGAUAGAACGCGCCACUUGGUGCCUCAGUGAACCCUGCCAACACACUCCGACGGGCACUGCACACACACACAGAGCACUGAUGGACACACAGCUUUUCUUUCUGCACGUGCGCGUCUGUGGUUGGCGUGUUCUUACGCGGUCUCGUCUUCGGUCUCAAAGCAGAAUUUGAUGUCCUGAUAGAACUGUGGCUUGAUGGGCAGCCUCUCGCCCUCAAAGUUGACCUCUAUCGUAUAGCCACCUGCAUACACAGGUACGUGGAUGUGCGUGGAUGAGUCUUUGUUUGUGUCAGCGAGUGUGUUGUGCGCACCAUAUCCAUCUCUGUAGACAUUCCUGCCAUCGAACAGCCCCACAGCACGCUCACCAACCGGCCAUGGACUCGCUGCACACUCACAGACACCACACACACAGAGAGAGAAAGAGAUCCAUUCAUCCAUCCAUCAGUCUGCUUUGCUCAGCUCACUGCUCUUCUGCUGCUGCUCUGGCCAUGCUGUCCAUGGCUGCUGCGCCGUCACCAUCGCCCUCCUUGUGUGCAUCUGCCUCUGUUGCAUCAUCUGCAGGUGGCCGCUGCCGCUCCUUUGCUGCAGCAGGAAGGCACUCACGCAUCCAGAGGACCACAGCAGCACGUGCCACACGACGAAUCGGAUGCUUAUGGCUGCUGAGAUCUGUAUCCGCUCGCCGGCCUCCAUCACGCAGCCCUCUCAGAAGCUUGGGAUCUUGG